AUGACAGACCGAGAGCGAGCACAUAAGAGAAUGAAUAUCUCGGACAACGUCUUUGGAGACAAUAUUCGGAUUCGCCAAGGUGACAGCUCUAGGUUCCAACUUGACGGCUCUGGGAGUAUCCAGAACAACAAUACCGGCAGCCAAAUAUCCGCUGUUGGCUUCAAUGCAUCUGUGAAUUUUCAUUACAAUCCAGGUAGUACCAACAAACACCAAUGCCUCGUGGACCUGCGCUCCACAGAUCCCCGCGACGACAAGGCUCGCAUCGAGCAGAGCAAAGGGUAUCUUUUGCGAGGCUCAUACCAAUGGGUGCUCGAGAAUGCCGCCUACCAACGAUGGCGACGCACUGAAAACACCCAGGUGUUGUGGAUUAAAGGUGAUCCUGGCAAGGGCAAGACGAUGCUGCUCUGUGGAAUCAUCGACGAAUUGACAGCCUUAGAGCCAUCUAUGAAUCAACAGUCUGGUGUGCUAGUGUCUUACUUCUUCUGCGAGGCAGCCGAUGCACGUAGUAAUGACGCUACAUCUUUGUUUCGAGGGCUCAUCUACCUCCUUGCUGACAAGCAACCAUCUCUCAUCGAGCGAAUACAAAAGAAGCAUGACCACGCCGGAAAAGCACUCUUUGAAGAUACAAACGCCUGGUUUGCCGUUUCUGGAAUAUUGACGGAGAUUUUACAAGACUUACAGUCGAAGGAUACGUAUUUGAUCAUUGACGCGCUGGACGAAUGUGCUCCGGGCGAUUUGCCCAAACUCUUAAACUUCAUCCAGGCCUCAUCUUCAUCUCGCGUCAAGUGGAUCAUCUCUAGCCGCAACCAGCCUCAAAUUGAGCGGAGAAUAAGGUCUAACCGACACUUGGUUAUGUUGAGUCUCGAGGAGAACGCGGAACACGUAUCCCGGUCCGUUGAUGAGUAUAUUAAAUUGCGGGUUGCUAAUUUAUCAUCAAUUGCCGAUAAUGAGGACCUUCAAGCAGAAGUUAGAGAUGCAAUGAGACAAAAGGCUCACGGCACCUUUUUGUGGGUUUCGCUUGUUAUUGGGGAGCUUGAUGGGGCUUCGAGCUGGGAGGUACAACAUAUUGUGAAGGAAUUGCCGAAGAGUCUAAAGGAACUAUACAGAAGAAUGAUCAGGCAAAUCCAGAAAUAUAGGCGACGAAUAGCAGAACAAUGCUGGCUCCUGCUUUCCACCGCUGUUGUGGCAUAUCGACCACUUCGACUCGAUGAACUAGGUCUUUUGGCCGGCAUCCAGGAUAGUAUUUCAGACAAACCUCAGUCCAUCGCGGAAGUUGCCAAACUCUGUGGAUCCUUUCUCUCCAUUUUGAACGGCAUUGUCUAUAUAAUACAUCAGUCGGCCAAGGAGUUCCUAACAGGAGACGCAUCUCGAGAUAUCUUUCCUCUCGGGAUCAGUUACACGCAUCAUGCUAUCUUCUCGAGAUCUCUUCAAGCUAUGUCUCAAGUACUCAGACGAGAUGUAUACAGCUUGUUCAACCCCGCAGUUUCCAUUGAGAAGGUCCAAGAUCAUAGCGAACGCCCAUUAGAUGGCGUUUACUAUUCGUGUGUCUAUUGGGUGGAUCAUCUAGAAGAGGCAGAGAAAACAAGGAAAGAAGAACAUGGCGACGCCAGAGUAUUCGGUGACCUACAAGAUUACGGCAUACCUCAGAAGAAGCAUAUCAAGCGGCGUCUUAGCGGUAGCGAAAUUGGAACAGCUUCUUUCCCAACCGAGAGCCAGUGGAGCGCGCUCCUGCAGAUCCUUGAAGGUCACACCAGUUCGAUCAAUGCGGUAUCUUUCUCUCCCGAUUGUCAACAACUGGCAUCUGCAUCCGAUGACUUUGCGGUGCUUCUUUGGGAUGCAAAUACUGGUGCAUUACUGAAGUCUCUUACAGCACAUUCAAGCAAAGUCUUAUCAAUAGCAUUCUCUCCAAAUGGUGAAAGGUUGGCAUCAGGCUCUCACAAUGGCAGAGUAUGCCUUUGGGAUGUUGAUACUGGCGCGAUGGUCUGGAAUGUUAAAAAGCACGACAGUCCGGUUCUCUCAGUAGUAUUCUCAUCCGACCAUCGACAUGUAACAUCAGCAUCUGCGGGUGGCUUGAUAUGGUCUUGGGACGUGAGAACGGGUGUGUUAUUAUCGGCCUUCGUUGAGACAGCGAACGUUACCGUAAUAGCCUUUGCGCCUAACGGAAGACAAGCAGCGACAGUAUUGGAGGAGAGUGGAAGAAUACUCGUAAAUAUUUGGGAUGUUCCAAAUGGGAUACUGUUACGAAGCUUUAAAGGUAGCAAUUGUCGUGUCUGGUCAACAAUCUUCUCGCCGGAUGGCGAACAACUGGCACUUACAACAUAUGACGCCGCAGCACCAUCUGGGAAGCGAGAUUCGGUAUACAUUUAUGAUCUUCGGAGGCUUUCUGAACGGGACCUUGAGAAACACAAAACUAUCAACGGCGAUUUUGGUCGAGUGUGGUCGGCAGCCUUCUCACCUGAUUGCAAAACGCUGGCGGCAGGAUGCGGCGACGGCAUGGUGCGGCUAUGGGAUCCAACCACGAGCAUGUUUAUACGGUCCUUGAAAGGAAAUACGAACCAAGUGAAUUCAGUGGCAUUCUCCUCUAUUGGUCAAAAACUAGCAUCCGCCUCAUACGACGGCAUGCUUCGGCUCUGGGAUGUACAUGCGACAGUGCCAGAGCAGGCUCUUGUUCAAAGAAGCCGAGUCACUCUGAUGGCGUUUUCACCAGACUAUCAACAGUUGGUAUCAGCAUCGUACAGCAAAACCUUGCUUCUCUGGGAUACUAGCACGGGCAGGGUGCAGUACGAGCUCAAAGGUCUGAGGAGCCGAGUCUGCUCAGUAGCCUUCUCUUCUGAUAGCAAAGUGCUUGCGGCAGGAUUUAGCGAUGGCACAGUAUGGCUUUGGGAUACCAGAACAGCUGAACAACUGAUGACCCUUGACAGCAGCAUAAAAUACGGCAGCACAAGACACAGCAACUCGGUAGCGAGAAGAGAUGAUACACAAUUGGUGCCACGUUCAAGGGGUCCUACGAGAUGGCUACGGGGUAUAGGCAAGACGCCGCGUCCCUCGGAUGUAAUCACUGAUAUAUUUCAGACAUGGGAUGGGCUCUCGGAGUUACUUUUGAAAGCCAUAAAGAGCAAUACUUGCCAUGUUGAUUCAGUGGCAUUCUCUCCGAAUGGUCGACUAUUGGCUUCAGCCCUAUAUGAGGGUACCAUUCUGCUCUGGGAUAGACGCACAGGUGCAGUGCGAGAUAUACUCAAAGGGCACACUGGUAAGGUGAACUCGGUUAUCUUCUCAUCUGAUGGCCGAAAACUCGCGUCAGCAUCCGAUGACAGUGUAGCGCUGGUCUGGGAUGUAGCUUCCGGCGCGUUACUCUGGACUCUUCAAGGCAACACAGAUCGGCUCUUGUCAGUAGCGUUCUCGCCUGACAACAAAAAAUUGCUGUCGAAUUCCCACAAUGGUAUGCUAUGGCACUGGGAUGUGACAACGGGUGCGCUGUUGAAUACGUACGAAAUGGAAGUGACAUCUCACUUGUCGUUUAAAAACGAAUCAGCAAUCAUCACUGACAGGACCAUCGCUUUUCUGGAUGACUUGCCUCAGCGCUCAAAUCCUAGUGGAAAUCUUGAGUAUUGGAACGACUCCAAAGACGCCGGGUGGGCUCUUAGCGAGGACAGAUGUUGGGUCGACCACAAUGGCCAGAGAUUCCUUUGGCUGCCACCAGAAUAUCGUCCUGUGAGGUCGGCAGUAGCUACGCAGAAACUUGCCAUUGGAUGCUCUUCAGGAAAUGUAUUGAUUCUAGGUUUUGUAUCGGACAGAUACAUCCGGGUAUAG